CUUAGUAUUUACAGACUUGUUAGCUGCUCUCAUAGGAGCUUCACAUAACCUCUCCCGCAUAUAAUCGCGAGGUCAGCUCUCCUGUCCCUCGCCCUUUUAUACAGCGACCAUGUCGUUCGGUCGGAAUGAUUUCCUGAGCCAGCGUGCGCCUGAGAAUUAUGUCGCAGGUCUGGGCAGAGGUGCGACCGGUUUCACCACCAGAUCAGAUCUUGGUCCUGCGCGAGAAGGUCCUACCCCAGAACAGAUCCAGGAGGCUCUUGCGAAGAGAGCGCAGCUUCUGGGAACUGCGCCUCCCACUGCAUAUGGAGCUGGGCGCGAAAAGGGCCGAGCAGAGGCGAAGGUAGAGGAAGAGGAAGAGGACGAACGUUUCCAAGAUCCGGAGAACGAAGUUGGACUAUUUGCCUACGGGCAAUAUGACCAGGAAGAUGACGAGGCGGAUCGCAUAUACAAGGAAGUCGAUGAGAAGAUGGACAGACGGAGAAAAGCAAGAAGGGAAGCUCGAGAACGUCAAGAACGUGAAGAAUACGAACGGAAUAAUCCGAAAAUUCAACAACAGUUCGCUGAUUUGAAGCGCUCAUUGGCCACUGUCUCGGACGAAGACUGGGCGAAUAUCCCUGAGGUCGGAGACCUUACGGGUAAGAACAGGCGCGCCAAGCAGAACCUCAGACAACGCUUCUAUGCCGUUCCGGAUAGUGUCAUUGCAAGUGCGAGAGAUGCCACACAGUUUGAGACGACCAUUGCCGAAGAUGGCACCCAGACCGAUGUGCGCGGUGGAGAGAGCGCAGAUGGAACCAUGACCAACUUCGCUGAUAUUGGAGCGGCCCGAGACAAAGUGCUGCAGGUCAGACUGGAUCAGGCAGCCCAGGGGUCGACUGGCGAUACUGCGUCCGGGAGCGCGACAAAUAUAGACCCGAAGGGAUACUUGACCAGUCUGACAAAGUCAGAACUGAAAGCUGGUGAGGUGGAAAUCGGGGAUAUCAAGCGUGUCCGUGUGCUGCUAGAGUCAGUUACACGAACAAACCCGAAACAUGCGCCGGGUUGGAUUGCUAUUGCUCGUCUAGAGGAACUUGCUGGACGGAUUGGCGCAGCCAGGAAUUAUAUCGCGAAAGGAUGUGAACUGUGUCCUAAAAGUGAGGACGCUUGGUUGGAAAAUAUUCGACUCAACGAAGGCCAUAACGCAAAGGUUAUAGCCGCCAAUGCGAUUAAGAACAAUGACCGUUCCACGAGGUUAUGGAUUGAAGCCAUGAAGCUUGAGACUGAACCUCGAGCAAAGAAGAACGUUCUCAGACAAGCAAUCCUCCACAUCCCACAGUCUGUCGCCAUAUGGAAGGAAGCUGUGAAUCUGGAGGAAGACCCCGCAGAUGCUCGUCUGCUACUUGCGAAAGCGGUGGAGAUGAUUCCUCUUUCAGUUGAGCUUUGGCUUGCGCUUGCUCGUCUUGAGACGCCCGAGAACGCGCAAAAGGUUCUCAACGCUGCGCGCAAAGCCGUCCCGACAAGUCACGAAGUAUGGAUUGCUGCUGCGAGAUUGCAGGAGCAGAUGGGUACGGCUGAUAAGGUCAAUGUCAUGAAGAGGGCUGUGCAGUCUCUGGCGAGGGAGAAUGCCAUGCUGAAGAGAGAGGAGUGGAUUGCAGAGGCCGAGAAAUGCGAAGAGGAGGGUGCGGUGCUGACCUGUGGUGCCAUUAUUCGCGAGACCCUCGGUUGGGGAUUGGAUGAAGAUGACGACAGGAAGGAUAUUUGGAUGGAAGAUGCGAGAGGCAGUAUUGCCAGGGGUAAAUAUGAGACUGCGAGGGCUAUAUACGCUUACGCCCUCCGCGUCUUCGUGAACAGGAAGUCCAUCUGGCUUGCCGCAGCCGAUUUGGAGCGCAAUCAUGGAACCAAGGAAGCCCUCUGGCAGGUUCUGGAGAAAGCCGUGGAAGCUUGUCCUCAGAGUGAAGUGCUCUGGAUGCAACUUGCAAAGGAGAAAUGGCAAGCUGGAGAGAUCGACAAUGCCAGGAGAGUCCUUGGAAGAGCAUUCAACCAAAACCCCAACAACGAGGAUAUCUGGCUUGCUGCUGUGAAACUUGAAGCGGAUGCCAGGCAAACUGACCAAGCCAGGGAGCUUCUUGCUACAGCUCGCCGCGAAGCCGGUACGGAUCGUGUUUGGAUCAAGAGUGUGGCAUUCGAGCGUCAACUGGGCAACACUGAUGAGGCACUCGACCUGGUCAACCAAGGCCUUCAGCUCUAUCCCAAGGCAGAUAAGCUCUGGAUGAUGAAAGGUCAAAUCUACGAGUUACAGAACAAGUACCCCCAGGCUCGUGAAGCGUAUGGCACUGGUACUAGAGCCUGUCCCAAAUCAGUUCCUCUGUGGCUUCUUGCUUCGAGACUGGAAGAAAAGGCAGGCCUCGUGGUUAAGGCACGUUCAGUCCUCGACCGAGCUCGUCUGGCCGUUCCGAAGAACGCUGAGCUUUGGACUGAGAGCGUUAGAGUCGAACGACGAGCCAACAACAUCACCCAAGCCAAGGUGCUGAUGGCUAAAGCGCUGCAAGAGGUUCCUGACUCCGGCUUACUCUGGAGUGAGAGCAUCUGGCACCUGGAGCCGAGAACGCAGCGGAAGCCACGUAGUUUGGAGGCUAUCAAGAAAGUGGAAAACGAUCCUAUCCUCUUCGUCACUGUUGCACGUAUAUUCUGGGGCGAACGCAGGCUGGAGAAGGCCAUGACCUGGUUCGAGAAAGCUAUUGUCGCAAACAGCGACCUCGGAGAUGCAUGGGCAUGGUAUUACAAAUUCCUACUACAACAUGGCACCGAGGAGAAACGAGCCGAUGUGCUAGCCAAGUGUAUCGCCACGGAACCCAAACAUGGCGAAGUCUGGCAAUCCGUCGCCAAAGAUCCAGCCAACGCCUACAAGACCGUAGAAGAGGUGCUGAAAAUGGUAGUGGAGCGUCUUGCAUAGCGUUUUCAAAGAACAAAAAGCAUGAUUCUCUAAUGUCAUCUGGGUUAUGCUACUUUUUUUUUUCCUUUUCUUGUAUACUAUCUUUUAGCAAUGGCGUUUGACAAGGCCUGCUAGCAGGUUAUGGGGUUUAUUCAUAUUGCUUUGUACUUAUAUGUGGACGCAAAAGGAUGUGAUUCGCUUAUUGUUAUUUCCCCUUAAAUGAUUUGCAAAUAACUGAUUAUAAAUAACUGCAGAAAUUCAUAACUAACUAG